AUGAUUGUUGAUGCAACCAAUUUGUUGCACAAAGACAACUAUCAAGGAGGGUCUACUGUUCAGGUUGGGAAUGGUCAGAAUGUACUUGUCACUGAUAUAGUUGAGCUUUUAAUCUCUUCUCCUACAUGUCAUAGGUUGCUGCAUCUUAAGAAAAUGCUAUGUGUACUAGAUAUUGCAAAGAAUCUAUUGAGUAUAUCUCAAAUAACCAGGGAUAAUAAUGUUAUUGUGGAAUUUCAUUGUGAUUUUUGUCUUAUAAAGGAUAAGUUUACCAAGGAUGUGCUACUCCAAGGAUCUCUUAAGGAUGGUCUAUAUCAGUUACAAGUGUCCUUACCUUCUGUUAGUACUGCUCUCAUCUCACGAUCUGAUCAACAAGGUGGCUUGUUCUUUGCUGUUUCUGCUGCCUCUCUUGAUACUACAAUUACUGCUAGUAACCAUAAUAAUACUACUAGAUCUGCUGCUGUUGAUUUGAGUACCAAUAUUGUUUCUUUUAUUAAGUGUAAUAGCAAUAAUCCUACAGUGCCAAUUGGUUCAGCCUAUUGUAGUGAAGCUGAUGCAAAAAUUAGGCUUACUAGUUUGUGGCAUGCUAGGUUGGGUCAUCCACAUGAGAAGAAUCUCAAAAUUUUAAUGAAUAAAAUACAUGUAGCUGGAUCAUUUGGAAAUAAAAUGGCUAUUUGUGAAGCCUGCCAAUUUGGCAAAAUGCAGCAAGCAUCAUUCCCUUUAUCAUCGUCUCAUGCUAAGAGUCCUCUUGAGUUGGAGCAGAAGGCAGCUUAUGCUUUCCUUUCUACUUGUCAAAUUUUGUCUGAACCAAAGACUCCUUCAGAAGCUUUGAAAAUACCUGAGUGGAGAGUAGCUAUGGAUGAUGAAUUUAAAGCUCUCUUGCGAAACAAAACCUGGGAACUAGUUCCCUAUUCACCAAACAUGAACAUAGUUGGCUGUAAAUGGGUUUUUAAAACCAAACUUAAAGCUGAUGGGACACUACAAAAAUAUAAAGCAAGAAUUGGAUCUCGGAUGAACUGUAGGGUUGGAGAUAUAUCAAUGUUUAGUUUAAGGGUGCAUAUUGCUAGUGUUUUUUAUGAUUACACGACUACUAUUGAGUGUCUGGAAAAUUCCUAUAAACCUCAGUAUGAUGGAGUGAUCAUAAGAAACCCCAAUUUGAAUCUUGGAUUGGAAGGGUGGUCUAUAUUUGGAAAUGCGAAUGAAUAUAUACAAUUAGGAGGAAACAAUUUCAUAGUGGCUUAUAGCAGAAAUCGACCACAUGAUGGUAUCUCUCAAAAGCUUUACACAUGCACUACAUCUUUUCAGGUAUUAUUUAUGUUCUAUUACUCUAGUGGUUACAAGUUUGCCGGUGCUGAUUUUGCUAAGUCCAAAUGUUGGUUCAUGCUUAAAGGCGGCUUCACAGCGGAUGAAUCAGGUCCCGCUGAGCUCUAUUUUGAGGUCAAUAACACAUCAGUCGAAAUAUGGGUGGAUAGUGUCUCAUUACAACCAUUCACCCAAGAAGAGUGGAUUUCCCAUCAAGAUCAAAGCAUUGAGAAGAAACAUAAGAGAAGAGUAACGCUUCAAGCAGUUGAUUCACGUCGAGGCAGGCCCUUGAAUAAUGCAGAGCUUUCCAUUGAGCAAAAGGUCUCAUCAACAAUGCCAACUGGAUGUGCUACAAAUAAGAACACCCUUAAUAACAAGAGGUAUCAAGACUGGUUCACUUCAAGAUUCGGUUUAACAACAUUUGAAAAUGAAUUGAAGUGGUAUAGCACUGAACCAUCCCAAGGAAAGGAGGACUAUUCAGUAGCUAACGCCAUGCUUCAAUUCAUGAAACAAAACCGUAUUGCAGUUCUUGGUCACAACAUCUUCUGGGAUGAUCCCAAAUAUCAACCCGGUUGGCUCAGUUCACUCUCACCAUCAGCACUUCGUUUAGCUGCUGAGAAAAGGGCAAAAUCCGUAGUUACAAGAUGUAAAAGCCAACUUAUUGCUUGGGACGUUAUUAACGAAAACUUGCAUUUUUCUUUCUUUGAAAACAAGAUGGGAGCAGAUGCAUCCAAAAUGGCUUUCAAGUAUGCUAAUCAAUAUGAUCCAUCAACUUUAAUGUUUAUGAAUGAUUAUAAUACAAUAGAGGAGAUGGAUCGGGUAUCAUCUUCUGCUAAUUACCUUAAAAAGCUAAGAGAGAUCCAAAGUUCUCUUGGUAAAGGUGCACGUGUGGCUAUUGGACGGGAGUCUCAUUUUCAGGUGCCAAACAUCCCUUACAUGAGAGCUUCUAUUGAUAAGCUUGCUGCAUCAGGUGUUCCAAUUUGGCUCACAGAAGUAGACGUUGAAAAAGGUCCUAACCAGGCAUUGUAUCUAGAACAAGUAUUAAGGGAAGGGAAUAGUAAGCCUAAAAUCGGUGGAAUAGUCAUUUGGGCUGCAUGGUCACCUCAAGGAUGCAAUCGGAUGUGUUUAACAGAUAAUAGUUUUAACAAUUUGCCAACUGGGAAAAGUUGUGGACAAACUAUUGAAUGAAUGGGGAAGAGAAAACUUCAGGCUACAGCAGAUAAUAACGGCUUCUUUGAGGCCUCCCUUUUCCAUGGAGAUUACCAAGUGAAGGUAAAUCACCCGACUAUCCUCUUCCUCAGUUCACACGUUGAAUAUCGUGCCCUCAAGAAAUUCCUCAAUGGUGCUUCUUCAAGAUUCUCCCUGAAUUUAAGUUGUUUUACUUUGAUUUUGCACUGA